AUGUCAUCAACAAAAGAAAACAUACUUCUCUUCCCAUUCAUGGGACAAGGCCACAUGAUCCCUUUCUUGACAUUAGCCCUCAACCUUGAACAAGAGAAAGGUUAUGCCAUAACUUUGGUGAAUACUCCAAACAACAUCCUAAAGCUUCAAUCCUAUCUGCCACCAAACUCUUCGAUUCGCCUCCUUGAAAUCCCUUUUGAUAGCGAAAACCAUGGCCUCCCUCUAAACAAUGAAAGCAUGGAUACUCUUCCUCCUGAUCUCAUUCUCAAAUUCAUCGAAUCUUCUCGAUCGCUUAAACCCGCUUUCGAAAAAUUGAUCUCUGAUCUUGUUCAUGAACAGACUAGUUCUUCACUUACCUGCAUUAUCUCUGACUGGAUGCUCUCUUGGUCUGUUGAAGUCGCACACAAAUUUGGCAUUUUCCAUGCAAUCUUCAAUGUUAUUGGGGCAUAUGGUAUGGCAGGGUACCAUACAAUGUGGUUAAAUCUCCCUCACUUGAAGCAGAAUGCUCCUGAAUUUCCCCUGCCCAAUUUUCCCAAAGGUUACAGUUUUCUUUUUGAUCAGCUGCCUCCCCUGAUUAAGUCAGCUACAGCUAUUUGGGAAUUUGUGCAGAACACAUUUCAUGAAUGGUCAGAGACUGAUGCAAUGUUGUUCAACACAGUUGAGGAUAUCGAUCAAAUUGGAUUGACAUACUUCAGGGAACAAUAUUCUUGGCCAAUUUUCUCUGUAGGACUGAUUAUUUCGCCUCCAGGAAGCCGAACAAGACGCGCGAAAGAAGCAGAAACAAACUCCAAAAUCUGUAAGCAAUGGCUUGACUCAAAACCUGCUAACUCUGUUCUGUAUGUCGCAUUUGGGUCUCAAAACACGCCUUCAGCCCGACAAUCGAAACAGUUGGCAGAGGCAUUGGAGGCAAGUGGAGUAAACUUCAUAUGGGCAGCUAGACCACCUUCCGGUUUUGCAACAGAGUCAAACAGUAAUGAUGAUGUUGAUAAGACUUGGCUGCCAGAAGGAUUCGAAGAUCGAAUCCAUCGGAGCAAUAAAGGGUUGCUGAUUUUUCAAUGGGCACCACAGGUGGAUAUAUUAUCUCAUGAAUCAGUUGGUGGUUUUUUGAGUCAUUGUGGAUGGAACUCAAUUAUUGAAGCACUUAGCAAUGGGAUUCCAAUUCUGUCAUGGCCAAUGGCUGCAGAACAACCUUUCAAUGCUAAAUACUUGGAGGAAGAAUUGGGAGUUGGAAUUGGAUUUGCUAAUGGAAAGCAAUGUGAACUUCAGCCUGAAGAAGCUGCUGAGAAGAUUAAAGUUGUUAUGAUUGAGGCUCUAGGGGAGAAAAUGAGAUCAAAUGCUUCCAAGAUCAAGGUGGUGAUUGAGAAAGCGUGGAAUGGCUGCGACGGUCAUACGGCGCCUUCGGACGCAGCAUUGGAUGACUUUCUGAGUUUUGCAAUGCAGAGGAAAGAAGCAUGA